UUAUUUGAAAAUCCUGCUUUUCGAGCUGAUGGUCUCAAAAUUUAUCCAACACUGGUUAUUAGAGGCACAGGUAAAACUUUUAAAACAUGUAUGAUUUUUAAUUUAUGUCCAAUUAAAUUAACAUAUUGUUGCUUUAAAGCUCAAACCCUGUUUGUAGUCAGGUUUUCCAAAUUUUACAUGAGACACUAUAAACCUGAUAACAUUAAAUACAACUUAAAACAUUUGGUUAAACCAUGAGACCUAAAAUGUACUCUCCACAUGCAAUUUUUAAAAUAUUUUUUCAGGAAAUUGGAAAGCCCUAGAUCUAAAUAAAUUUGAAAGAAAAAAAUGCAUUUUUGAAGACAAAAAAAUCAUGCAUGUUCGUUCAGAGUUAGUGACAAUAUAGUCAGUUAAAACAUCUAUGUCAGUUGAAUGUGUUUAUUUUGUGCGUGUACAAGGCACUUCUAUAUUUAAAAAUGGUUGCCACAUAACAUGUACUACUUCCUCUGUAAACAUUACAAAUACCACAUUUCAUCAUUACUUUUCUUUCCACAGGUUUGUAUGAACUGUGGAAAACUGGACGCUACAGGAGUUACCCACCUAGUCAGCUUGUUGAUCUCAUUGCUCGUAUUUUAGCUCUUGUUCCA